CUUGUACAGUAUCGGGUUACACACACACGCACACGCAAUCGCGGGCUGAGUCACUGGUGGAAUUUACGCACUGACUGUGUCUCUCCAGCAUGGACGCGCUCCCCUUAUGAGGACUUCGCCAUUGUGUUUAUCCAGUCUGAGGCGCACUUCUGGGGUGCCAGGAGGAGAUAGACCUUGGAAGACCCCUACCACCGACCACCAUAAUUUAUUCCUCUGCGUCUGCUCGUUAGAAGAAGAGAAUUGGAUCUGUCCACCAUGUCGAUGUCCACUCGUGCACUCCGGGAAAUCCUGCAGAGGGCUGGAAAUGACACCUGUGUGGACUGUGGAGCAGCAGAUCCCGACUGGGGUUCGACCUCGUUGGGGGUGUUCAUCUGCUUGGCCUGUUCCGGCAUCCACCGGAACAUUCCCGACAUCAGCAAGGUCAAGUCGCUGAGUCUUUCCCACUGGGAGGACCACGAGGUCCAGUUCAUGGCGGAGAAUGGAAACGAGCGGAUGAAGAACAAAUACGAGGCCUCCGUUCCCGUCUACUAUUACAAGCCGUCACACAAAGACUGCCAGGUGCUGAAGGAGCAGUGGAUUCGAGCAAAGUACGAGCGCAAGGAAUUCACCGAAUCGGCCAACAAGUUUACGUACGAGGAAGCCAUCAGGGAUGGCACCUUGAUGAAAAGGGGCCGCGACAACGGCCUCUUCCUCAGCAGGCGAUUCGUCCUCUCCGAGCGGGAGGGCACGCUCAAGUACUUCACCAAACAUGAUGCCAAGGAGCCCAAAGCGGUGAUCAAGGUGGACAGCAUCAACGCCACCUUCCAGCCCGACAAGAUCGGACAUCCCAACGGCCUGCAGAUUACAUAUCUCAAAGAUUACAGCACCCGCAACAUCUUCCUUUACCACGACAGCGGCAAGGAGAUCGUCGACUGGUUUAAUUCCAUCCGAGCCGUCCAGCUUCACUACAUGAAGGUGGCCUUUCCCGGAGCCACCGAUGCAGAGCUGGUUCCGAAACUCACCCGUAACUUCCUGAAAGAGGGCUACAUGGAGAAGACGGGUCCCCGGCAAACAGAAGGCUUCAAGAAACGUUGGUUCACUUUGGACCAGAGACGACUCAUGUACUACAAGGACCCGCUGGACGCCUUCGCCAAGGGCGAGGUGUUUCUGGGCAGCAAGGAGCACUACAGCGCCUCGGCCGGCCUGCCCGCCGGCACCUACUGCAAUGGCGCGUGGCAGCACGGCAUCACCAUUGUCACGCCCGACCGCUGUUUCCUGUUCACAUGCGAGACGGAGGCCGAGCAGCUCGACUGGCUCAAGCUUUUCAACGACGUCAUGAACGCGCAGAUGUCCCCGCAGGAGUACACCAUGGAGGCUUUGUUCAAGCACAGACAUUGACCCAGCAGCAGAUUGCCAACAGGAUUUUUUUUUUUUUUUUUUUGGCCCCCCAUCAAGUGUUCAAAAAACCAGGACUGAAAAUAACAGGCAACGAGUGGGUCAUCUUCUCAAGCGUUCAACAAUCCAACAGCGCCAUUCAGUGGCUCUUUUUAUAUCCUAACCCAUGAUAAGUCUCUCCGAUUAUAUUUUCUUUUCUUUAAUAUAUUUUGGGAGGCUUACACUUGCAUUGCAUUUAAGAAAAUGUUUAUUUCA